AUGGGUAUGAUCCUUGUUGGCUCUGUUGUUCUCCUUAAUCGUAUAACCAAGUUCAUUGUGCAAUUGUUUACAAUCCGAGAAGUGUCGGGGUGGAAGGCACAAGAUUCUUAUGACCUUAACUUUAUUGCAUGGUUGCGUUCUCUGAUUGCAAGACUUGUUUCUCAUGAUCUCGAGUCCAAUUGGUCAUCCGAAGCUUCUUUUAACACAAUGUUACUCAUCAUAUUCCUUAUGGCCACUAUUUACCCACCUGCAAACGCCCCUCACCACCAUCACCACCACCACCACUCACCGGCACCAGCCCCUGCACCUCUUCACCCUCCUUCUCCCCCUACCCACCCACAUUAUCCUCCAGCUCCUGCUCACCCUCCUACUCAUCAUCAUCACCAUCACCCUUCUGCCCCUGUUCAUCCUCCUCUCAACCCUCCGCUUGUUCCAGUUCACCCUCCUCUUAACCCUCCAGUUCAUCCUCCUGUCAAGCCCCCGGUUCCAGUUCACCCUCCUGUCAAGCCUCCGGUUCCAGUUCACCCUCCUGUCAAGCCUCCGGUUCCCGUGCACCCUCCGGUUCCUGUUCUCCCUCCUGUUCCAGUGCACCCCUUCCCUAGAAGCUUUGUGGCAGUUCAAGGUGUUGUCUACGUCAAGUCCUGCAAGUAUGCUGGAGUUGACACCCUCUUGGGAGCCACACCACUGCUUGGUGCCAUUGUAAAGCUUCAAUGCAACAAUACAAAGUACAAGCUGGUCGAAACCACCAAGAGUGACAAGAACGGUUACUUCUACGUGGAAGCGCCGAGGAGAAUCACAACGUACGGAGCUCACAAGUGCAAUGUGGUUCUGGUCAGUGCACCCGGUGGCCUAAAAGCCUCAAAUCUCCAUGGUGGUGCCACUGGUGCUGUUCUGAGGCCAGAGAAGCCAUUUUUGUCUAAGAAGCUGCCCUUUGUGCUCUACAGUGUGGGACCACUGGCGUUUGAGCCAAAAUGCCAUUAUUAGAAACAAAAGAUUUGAAUAGACUGAGUAUGGGUGUGUUUCCGUUGUGGCCCUGUAUCUCAAUAUUUAUGUGUUUUCCGUUUGUAGUGUUUUGAGUUUGAACUGAUCAUACACAAAAUAAGUGACAUUGUUCUCGUAUGAAUUGUUAAUUUAGUGUAAAAGAAAUGUUGUUUUAUGGUUUUUUCUUAAGAUGCUGCUGUCUCUAUU